GUUAACUACGCCCGUGACGGUCCCGUCGCACCUCUCGUCCACUAUCGAAAGGAACAUUAGUGAAUCGUUAUUCUUUAAAUCACUAGGCAGAUCGAGUUCUCAUCGAUAACUGACAAAUUUCUCUGCUAUUGCUGUUAGAAGAGAACAUUUGACAGAAGUAUAAUUGAGAAUGGCUGGAGAAUCUGCACUUACACUACACAAUGGUCACAAAAUGCCCAUUGUUGGGCUGGGAGUGUGGAGAAUGGAAGGACACCUCAUAAAAGACCUUAUCUUCAAUGCGCUACAUAUGGGAUACAGGCACUUCGAUUGUGCAGCUGAUUACAAGAAUGAAAAGGAAGUUGGGCAAGCACUUGCUGAGGCCUUCCAGCAGGGCCUCGUCAAACGGGAAGAUAUUUUUAUCACUACGAAGCUCUGGAAUUCAGAUCAUGGACACGUUCUUGAAGCAUGUAAGGACAGUUUGAAGAACCUACAGCUUGAAUAUUUGGAUCUAUACUUGGUUCAUUUUCCAGUAGCAACACGGCACACAGGGGUUGGAACAACUGAUAGUGCCUUAGAUGAGGAUGGUGUGUUGGAUAUAGAUAUUACAGUGUCUCUGGAAACUACAUGGCAUGCCAUGGAGGACUUGGUUUCUGCAGGCUUGGUCCGAAGCAUUGGUAUCAGCAAUUAUGACAUUUAUCUGACUCGAGAUUGCCUGGCCUACUCAAAAAUAAAACCUGCUGUCAAUCAGAUUGAGACACAUCCCUAUUUUCAGAGACAGUGUCUACUGAAGUUCUGUCAGAAGCAUAAAAUCGCUGUCACUGCUCAUACUCCUCUUGGAGGUGGUACAGCCAAUAUAGAAUGGUUUGGUUCCGUAUCUUGCUUGGAAGAUCCGUGUCUUCAGACUCUAGCCAAGAAAUACAACAAAACUGCAGCACAAAUUGCACUGCGGUGGGGCAUUCAAAGGAAUACAAAUGUCAUCCCAAAGUCUAGCAAAAUGGAAAGAUUGAAGGAGAAUAUUGAUAUUUUUGAUUUUGAGCUUUCAAAGGGGGAUAUGGAGGCAAUCAAGCUCAUGGAUCGCAAACUCCGCACCAAUAACCCUGGAAAGUUUUGGGGGAUUGAUCUUUAUGCUUAAGUUUUAGGCAUGAGUUUGGUAUUUCUUUUAAGAGAAAUCUGAGUUCCCUGAAUCAUCUUUAUCACAUUAAUAAGAUCCUUGUGAAAAACGGUCACGAAAGAUUCCUAGGGAUGAUAUUUUCUUGCGACAUUAAACAUACAUAAAUUUCAUAAUUGGAAGCUGUAAAAAGGAAAUAGAAUGUGAACUCCAGGUGUCCAAGAAACUGAUAUUUGAAAGCCAUGGAAACAUUGUAUCCCUAUAUCCCAUUUAGAUUGUUUAGAUGAUAAAUCUUCCUUUUCUGUCGUAUCAGAUAAAUUUUGAUACGCAGUUAGUUACUUUAGAAAGCUAAGUUGUUGUAAUCUUCCAAGAUAAGUAGACUAGUCGAAUUUAAAAAAUGACUGGUUUAAAAAUUGGCUUCUUUUUCUUUUUCCUUGUAGCCUGUUAAUAUAAUUACUAGUCACUGGAGAUUUGGAAUAUGAUGAUACAAAAAUUUGUUGUA